ACCUGCCGCUCAUACUUGAAUAUACAUUUCUUGUUUGGCCAUGAACUCAUGAUUCAUGGAUACGGAGAUGUACACGUACCCAAGGCCCCAACUUACCCGACAGCCCUCCUAAAAGACACAGUAUAAACACUAUAUAUCCCCCACUUCAUCUUCUUCCUCACCAAAAAAAACCUCAAAAAUGUCAUCCAAAGAUAACUCUUUGUACGAAUUUUGCCUAAUAUCACUGAACUUCCUCUCUUUCCCAACUAUCAUAAGUUGCUACUUCAUCCAAGCUCCAUAUGGUCGCCAUUUUCGUUCAGGGUGGGGCCCCACAAUUCCAUCAUGGCUUUCAUGGCUUCUCAUGGAAAGUCCCUCCUUUUUUUUCUCUCUCCUCAUCUACCCUUUUGGCCGCCACAUGUCCUCUAUAAGAUCACUCUCUCUCCUCACAAUUUUCCUCCUCCAUUAUUUCCACCGUACUUUUAUUUACCCAUUACGCCUUCGCCGGAAAACCACUAGCGGUUUUCCGAUAUCCGUUUCUUUAAUGGCUUUCUCGUUUAAUUUGCUGAAUUCCUACGUUCAAAGCAGGUGGGUGUCUCACUACGGUGAGUAUGACUCUGAUAAGUGGUUUUGGGGGCGGUUUUCCGGUGGGUUGGUGGUUUUUGUUAUUGGUAUGGUGGUAAAUGUGAAAUCGGAUUUAGUUUUGGUGGGCUUGAAGGCCCAAGGGGGUGGAUAUAAGAUUCCAAGAGGUGGGCUUUUUGAGUUGGUGAGUUGCCCAAAUUAUUUGGGAGAGAUUGUUGAGUGGUUGGGUUGGGCUAUUAUGACGUGGUCUUGGGCUGGGUUUGGGUUUUUUUUGUAUACUUGCUCUAAUUUAGUGCCUAGAGCUUGGGGUAAUCAUAAGUGGUAUAUGGAGAAGUUUAAGGAAAAGUAUCCUAAAAAUAGGAAAGCUGUGAUUCCUUUUUUGUAUUGAUUGUGUAUGUAUGUUAUGAUUAGAGAUUGUGAGCUAGGGAAAAGAGGGCAGUGCAAAGUAUUAGUGUGAAAUUUCAGCAAAUAGUAUUUGCUUUUGAAAGUGAAGGUGUGACAUAAUACCGGCUUUUUAAAGUGAAUUUUAGUGUUUUGAAAGAGUGUUUGGAUUAGCUUUUAAUGUUUCGAAGUAGUUUUCGAAGUAGAUUGAUUUUAGUGUACUGAAAUCGCUUUCAAGCUUGCUUGUAGUGUAUUGAUGUAGCGUCUAUAGAUUCUUCUAUUAUUUUGACUCUGUAAAUUUAAGUAGUUGUGUUGGAAAUAUAAUGAUGUUUUUUUUU